AUGGCUUCCACCACAGCAAGACCAAUACCACGUACUCAAGACCUCCCACCAGAAGGUGGUUUCCCGUCAAUAAGAUAUAAACGUAAUAUCCCGAAAAAAGGGCCGUCUGGGUUGACUUUAGUUCUUGGUAUUACUGCUAUUUCUGCAUAUGGGUUUUAUAGGUAUUUCCAAGGGAAAAAUGAAAGGCAUGAGUUAGAACGGGAAAAUAUGUGGUCACGUAUCCAUCUCGUCCCACUACUUCAAGCAGAACAUGAUCGCGACACUUAUCGAAGAGAACAGGCUGCAAUAAAACGCGAGGCAGAGAUCAUGAAAGAUGUACCUGGGUGGAAACCGGGCGAAAGUGUGUACCAUACGAAACGAUAUAUCCCAACGAGUAUUUGGGUUAUUCCUGAAAAAGAUUAA